AUGUGCCCUAAUCUGGACAACUCAGAGACUGAGACAGUACAUGUUGUACCAUACGACCUGGUUAAUCUCCAAAUUGGACCAUCUGAAAUACUUGAUGGAGUCAACCGCUCUGAAUGGAAGAAUGGCCCGAUGAAGGUGGUCAAAGGGAGUGCAAUAGCGGAAUUCCUAACAAGUAGGGCUCUGGAUGAUUAUGAGCCAUUGAACUUCGAUUUCCCAAAUGAGGAUUUGAUGUAUAUUGCAACUGUAGAGAAAGAUUUCCAAGAAGGUGGUCCUUGGAAGUUGAGUUUUGACGGAGCUUCAAAUGCUAUAGGCAACAGAAUUGGGGCAAUACUCGUGUCUCCUAGUGGAGAUUAUUAUCCUUUCACUAGCAAAUUGGACUUUGACUGCACAAAUAACAUGGCUGAGUGUGAAGCUUGCAUUAUGGGCAUCCGGGCAGCCAUAGAGCGGAAAGUUAAGGUGCUAGAGGUAUACGGGGACUUUGCAUUAGUAAUUUACCAACUCAAAGGGGAAUGGGAAACAAGAGACCCGAAGUUGGUCCGCUAUCGAAAAUUGGUUAUGGAGUUGAUUGAGGAAUUUGAUAAUGUCACCUUUAGUUACAUCCCACGAGAUGAAAACCAGAUAGCAGAUGCUUUGGCCACUUUAGCCUCCAUGUUUAAAGUGAACAAAUUAGAAGAUAUGAAGCCUAUCCAGAUCAGCAUCUAUGAGGCUCCAGCCCAUUGUUGCAACAUUGACAAUGAAGAGGAAAAGGAUGAUCACCCUUGGUACCAUGACAUAUUGCGAUAUGUGAAGAGUCGUGAGUACCCUGACCAUGCGACAGAAAAUGAUAAGAAGACAUUAAGGAGAUUAGCCAUUGACUAUGUCCUAGAUGGGGAAAUUUUGUAUAAAAAGGGAAAAGAUCAAGUAUUGUUGAGGUGUGUGGAUGCUGUCGAGGCAAAAGAAAUUUUGGAAGAAGUGCAUGACGGUAUCUGCGGAACGCAUGCCAACGGCUUCACGAUGGCCAGACAAAUUAUGAGAUUUGGGUACUAUUGGUCCACCAUGGAAGGGGAUUGCAUUAGUUACACCAAAAAGUGUCAUAAAUGCCAAAUUUAUGGUGACAAAAUGCAUGCACCACCUUCACCCCUCCACGUAAUGGUUUCUCCAUGGCCGUUUUCCAUGUGGGGAAUAGAUGUCAUCGGGCCAAUAUCUCCAAAGGCUUCUAAUGGGCAUCGUUUUAUCUUUGUGGUUAUUGAUUAUUUCACUAAGUGGGUGGAGGCUGCUUCAUAUGCUAACGUUACAAAGUCAGCAGUCAGUAAAUUCUUAAAAAAGGAGAUUAUAUGUCGGUACGGGAUGCCAGAAAGGAUCAUAUCUGACAAUGCGCUGAACUUGAACAACAACUUAAUAGCGGAAGACUUCUACUGGGGCAACACCGUUUUCUUUAGUCUACGGGAUGGAGGCAGUUUUACCCAUAGAAGUUGA